AUGCACUUCUACCUAGCCGAGUUUAUGGAGAUGAUCGAGGAUCUCCCCGACAUUCGUAAAUUCUCUGCCAUGCUUGCUAAGCUCCACCAUGACAGUAUGAUGAACCCGAAAGCACCUACGAAGUUCGGAUACCAUGUCAUGACCCACGAAGGAAGCAUGUACCAGGACCUGACAUGGAGUGACACAUGGGAGGAGCUCUACAGCCGGCGCUUCCAGUCGUUCGUCGACCAGGAGAUAGUAUCGCAGGGUCCAAGUGAAGACAUUGAACGGCUGGUGCUUGGUCUCAAAGAGAAGGUUAUCCCCCGACUUCUUCGACCUAUGAACACUCAUGGUCGAAGUCUCAAACCCGUUGCACUCCAUGGUGACAUCUGGUGCGGUAACAUAGGUACCAAUGCAGCUACCGGUGAUCCAGUAUACUUUGACCCAUCCGUAUUCUGGGGUCAUAAUGAAUCGCCCGAAGAUGACUACGAGGACCGCAAUCUUCUUUAUGCUAUCGGACACUUUUGCGCCUCUGCCCUGUACUCGGACAACAACAACUUUCGAAAGAUGGCCAUCGUGGAUAUGCAGCGGCUUCUGGAUAAGUACCCCGACGGAUAUCAGGGAGAAUGA